UCGGUUGAUACAAGGGUCCUGGACCUAGCAUUGCAAAUUGUACGGUGCUUUAGUUUUAUCUUCGUCACUGGAUCACUGGAUAAGACUAGACGACCUACAUCUUGCUAUCUACAAGACGGUAGAUACUGUUACUCAACUUAAGAGGUGGAGGUAAAAAAAUAAGGGUCCAAACAGAAAGAAGUACACGCCAGGGAAACGUACGUGUUUCUUAAGACAUGGAGGAGACCAAGUGGUCUUUCCUGAUUUUCUGCGUAUUAUGUUUGGUCGUCUUCACGAGUGGGUUCUUACCUAACCAUGACAAUGAUUUUGGGAACUCACCGACUGCGUUGAAUUAUAAGCACGAUGAUAUUACGGAGGCGGCCUUGCUGCGUGUCAUAGCGAGGCUCCUUGAAGACACUCCCAAGCCGGAUGGUACGAAGGUCGCCAAGGGAACUCUGACUGGGUUGAAGGAUCCUACACCUCAGAGGCUUUUUGAUGCAUAUUACGGCAAGGGACAGGUGCUUGCGAAGAAGCUGCAAGAAUCCAUUGAGACAAUUGUUAAGUUCAACGCCAUUGUGGACAAGGAUCAUAGAGGCGAGGCUUUGUUUCAUUUCAAUGGAGAACAGAUCAAAGAAGGGUUUGAAAAACUCAGCGCCGCACGAGAGCUCUUCAAAGCCCUCGUUACGGCUAAAAAAGCAAAUUUUGACGUCCUUCGUCAACUGCUGGGAGUACUUUUACACAUGGUUCAGGAUUUUUACAGUAACACCAACUGGAUUGAAAUGAAGGGACCGGUUGUGUACCAGGACUUAGGUAUCAAGGGCAAACCCAUUCUUCCCGUGGCUUCACCAGGUAUUAUGACAUGCCAGAGCUGUACCGGGCAGUGCAGAAAUAAUAUCAUCCUGACGGGCGGCGUCUUGACCAGCGGUUACAGAACUGGACAGGACAUACAGAAGCCAGAUUCUAAAUUUAAAUCUCGUGGCACUGGGAAAUGCAGCCAUGGCGGUGAAGCUGAUGCAGACUCCAAGGUCAAGACAGCCACUGGGGGUAUUAAUAAGGAGACGACCGUUGAAAAGCUAUCCCCACAUUAUUAUCUUCACUCCGAUGCUGGGAAGACAGCAGUCCGUGCUACAGAAAUGUACAUUGAUGGCCAAGUUUUUGUGAUUGACACAACCGGAUCUAUGAGUGAAGAUAUUGCUGCUGUGAAACAGGAGACGCUAAAAAUCAUACAGAUUACCAAAGGCCAAUUAAGCUCACCUUCCGAAUAUAUACUGGCAACUUUCAAUGACCCAGCUAACCUCACUGAGGUUCGUGUAACUAAUGACUCGGAUGUCAUGGUGUCUUGGUUGAAGGCAAUCAAAGUCAAGGGCGGAGGGGAUUGUCCAGAAUACCUGCUCAGUGGCAUGAUAGAAGGUACAAUAGUGUUCUGCUCAUAG